UCCCCUUCCCCCUUCCUCUCUUUCCCCUUCCUCUCUUUCAACAACACGACUCGUCAGAAUCCAUCGGCUCUGGCAGUUAAGCACACCGUGAACAUGGCGACCUUCAAACCCUACCCGUUCUUGCUCGGGUUCGUUAUCCUCUUCUGCUUCGUGCGGCCUACGCUGGCCUUUGGCGCCGGCAACAUUGCCAGCAUCUCCAAGAUCGAGGGCCAAAACUGGCGUCACGGUGAUAUCGAAGAUGCUCUCCUCAAGAUUGCCAUGGCCCGCGUUGCCGGCGGCAAGAAGUUCGACAAGCUGAUGGUCUCGCGCGUCUACUUCGGCAACUGGCUUCGCGACUACUCGCAAGCCAUCGAUGUGGGCACGGUCAAAUCCGUCUCGGCCGAGGCCAUCCGGCUCCUCCUGUGUAUCCUCGGCUUCUUGACCUUUGGCUACGGAAGCGGCGAGUUCGAGGUGACGGCCGACCGCCUCGGCUGCUAUCGUCCCGAGGACCACAUCGAUAACCCCAAGAACUACGCCGACAACCUGGAUGCGAGACAGUACGACCGUCGCCUGCGCGGUCCCGUGGACGAGUCAGUCGAGCUGGCCAUUGACGAGGAGACGGGCAUGAAGAACUACAUUGCGAACGAAAAUGUCGGCAUCAUGACCUCGGCCAAGCAUGUUCGCCGCCUGUUUACCAAGUGCAUUGAGCUGGGGCGCUCUUACGGACAAUCCCGGAACAAGGCGGAGCUCUACGAGGCCCUCCGCCUCAUGGGCACCGGCCUGCACUGUCUCGAGGACUUCUUCGCUCACAGCAACUACACCGAGCUUGCUCUGAUCGAACUGGGCGAGGACGACGUUUUCCCCCACGUCGGCCGGAACACGAAGAUGAGGAUCCCCGGUGCUCGCCACGAGGUCUAUCCCCUCGUUACCGGCACCUUUGGUGGCGUCGACUUCCUGCACUCCGUCACCGGCGAAGUAUCCGACAAGAUGACCCAGAGCGAGAUUGAGGAUCUCGAGGGAACCCUGAAGCAGAGCAGCAACAACGACACCAGCCUCCUCCGCGACCUGCUCGACAAGAUUCCCGAUGGCCUCCUCGGCGGCAACAACAAAUCCAAGCUGGACGAUAUCCAGAGCAACGCGCAGGCCGCGCAGAUGGAGAACCUGAGCGUCUCGCCGCGGGAACCCGAGGAGCUGACCAGAUACGUCCAGGAAGUGUUCCGUCAGAUCAUGCCCGCCAUCAAGUUCCAUGACCAGCUUCUCCAGGACAUCUCGGAGGCCAUCGACAAGAUCCCGGUGCUGCCCAAGAUUGUGGAGCAGCUGGAGGAGCAGAUGUCCAUCUUUGUAUUCCAGAUCAUGGCCCCGUUCGUGGUUCCGCUUAUCGAGCAGAUCAAGAACGAGCUCGCGACUGGCUCCAGCGAGAUCAUCCAGAGCAGCAGGGCUGAGCAGCACAACGUCUUUGAGGACGACAACGCCACCGACCCGACUCACUCGAUGUUGGCCAAGGACCACUUUAGUAACAUCCUCAACGAGAUCGGCGGUCGCGCCGCCUCCAAGGUCGUCUCCUGGGUCGUCCCGCAGCUCAUGGAGGCCUGGGACGAUGACAGCGUCGACGUGGACCGCCUGCUUGACAAGAUCAUUUACGGAGUGUUCCACCAUCCCGCGCAGCGCACCAUGGGCCCUGAGGGGGCGUCCGAGGGCCGGGAGCUCAUCUUCAACAUGGUGCGCGAGUGGUGGGAGGACAUGAGCGACGGGCAGCGCGACGAGUACCGGGGCAAGCUGAGCCGCGAGGGAGUCGAGAGAGGCGACAACCACCGCGAGGGCCAGCACGACUGCGGCCACGGCUGCGGGGGCAAGCUCAAGAUGCACAAGAACUUCCGGAACGAGGCGCCCCAGACGGUAGAGGACCAGAUCGCGGGCGCCGCCGCGGAGGCCAUCAUGGGAGGCGUCAAGCAGGGCCUGUCGCAGGCCGUGCAGAACGCCGCCGGCCGCCAGGAGUCGUCGGAGAGCAGCGGCCUGGGUGGGUUCAUCAGCAGCGUCGCGGGCGGCCUCCUGGGCGGCGCCCUCAAGAGGGACGAGACAGAGUCGUACCAGGCCGGCGGCCGCACCGAGGACGGCGGGUACACGCAGACCACGACCGAGUACGGCUACUCCGGAGGCCGCUACGGCCAGGCCCAGUACACGGAGACGCAGUACGGCGGCGGCGGCGGCGGCCGCAGCGAGUACCGCCGCUACGAGCAGCGCGAGGAUGAUGACGGCCGGGUCCAGAGCUACGGAUACACGGAACAGCGCACCGAGACGCGCUACGACAGCUACUCGGGUGGCUAUGGCGGCCGCGAGGAGACCAGCAGCUAUGGCGGCGGCGGCAGCGCGAGCGAAUACAUUCGUAGCUCCCAGCAGAGUAGCUACGGUGGCAGCGGCUAUGGCAGUGGGUACGGUCGUCGUGAUGAAGAAGAGAGCAGCGGCUAUGGAAGUGGUUACGGUCGUCGUGAUGAAGAGGAGAGUGGUGGUUAUGGUGGCGGCUAUGGCCGCCGUCAGGAAGAAGAGAGUAGCAGCUAUGGAAGCGGUUAUGGUCGUCGUCGUGAUGAAGAAGAGAGCGGCGGUUAUGGUGGUGGCUACGGCCGCCGUCAGGAAGAAGAGAGUAGCGGCUAUGGAAGUGGUUACGGUCGUCGUGAUGAAGAAGGGAGCGGCGGUUAUGGUGGUGGCUACGGCCGCCGUCAUGAGGAAGAGAGCAGUGGUUACGGCAGCGGCUAUGGUCGUCGCCAUGAAGAGGAGGGCGGUGGCUACGGCAGUGGUUACGGCCGCCGGCGCAACGACGAGGAGGAAGAGGAGGAUGGCGGACGCCGGAGGUGGGGUUACUAGGGUGAACUCUUCCGGCCGGUCUCUUGUUGUGAACCUUGCUGUUGCAUGGGCAGGACCGGUGCAUCAUGAACAGGACGGUGCGCUGUGUUUUUUUUUCUCGGGGUCUUGAUUGUUUGUUGAA